AUGGCGCCGCCGCGGACGCGCCUCGGGGACAUCCCGGUCGCGUCGGCGCGGGCGAAUCGAUCCGCUGGGGACGACGACGGACGGGGAGGACACCGUCAUCCGAACAAGCCACGACGCGCGAGGAGCACGACGCCGCCGCCGCGGUCGCGCACGCCGACGCCGCCGCGGUCGCCCGCGCCCGCGGCGGGGUUCCGCUCCCCCGGACGCGACUGCCCCGCGUGCCCACGCCCCGCGGAGACGCCGCCCGCGCCGCCGGCGACGUCGCACUCGGAAGCGCGCGCGCAACUCCUGGAGCUCAUCUCGCGCCACGCGAACGUCGUCGCGGACGGCGUCGUCCCCGCGAACGUCCCGCUCGGGAUCGCGCUCCCGCCGCCGAAGCUCGCGAUGCGAGAGGUGGAGGCGAAGCGCUUGAUGGCGGAGCGCGACGAAGAGGAGAAGCUCCGGAGGCACAACGCGGUGCAUCAGAUGUUGAAACGCGUCGCGCUGCGCAAUCAGGCGGCGGCGGCGAGGCGCGCGAAGGACGCGCCGCCGCCGGCGAAACCCGACGACGCCGCCGCCGCGAACGCGAGGAGGGGCCAACGACAGGGGUCGGUGUACGACCCCGGCAGAGCCGCGCGCGACGCGAGGGCGGGCGCGUCGUCGAAGGAGAAUCUCGACGCCGCGAGCGCGGCGCGAAGGGAAGCGGCGCGACGCCGCGUCCCCGCGCGGUCGCCGGAGCGGCCGUGGCGGGUCGGCGUCGACGCGGAAGAACUCGAGCGGCGGCACCAGGAGGCCGCGCGACGAAAACGCGCGAAGUUCGCGGCGGAGGAGGCGGCGAGGAAGGGCGCGGGGAAGAAGAUGGGGUGGGCGAAGCCGACGUCGAACGAAUCGCGCGUCGAACCCGACGACGCGGCGAAGAAGCCCUCGCCCGCGGAGGACCCCGCGGCGGCGGCCGAGCGUCAGGCGAAAGCGCGGGCUUUCAUCUUAGAGAGCAAGGCGAGGUGGAAGAAGAAACUCGCGGAGGAGAAGGCGCUCCUCAGAGAACAAGAGGAGAAGCGCGCGAAGAUUAAGCGCGAGGAAGAGGAGCGGUGCCGCGAAAAGGCGCGACUCGCCGCGGAGGCGAGGAUCAGAGCGCGCAAGGACAAGGACGCGGACGAGGACGCGCCGCCGAAGAAGAACCCGGCGUGGGUCGACCCGGGCUUGGACGACGGGUCGUCGCGCGCGGACGACCCGGCGACGCCGAUCAAGCGGUCGCACGUCGACGACGACGGCGACCCGGUCGAGGCGGCGGCGGCGGAGGCGGCGACGGCGGAGAGCUCCGACGCGGCGAAGACGUCGGAUCGGGUUAACCCUGGACCUCCAGUCGCGCUCGUCAGCGCGGGCGGGAUCCGUCGCGCCGCGGCCGGCGGCGCGGAGAAGUCCGCGUUCCGCGCGAACCCCGAGAUCGUGGACAUCCAGGGCAUGGUCCAGCGCGGGCGCAGAGGCGGCGCGAGGGACCCGACCGGGAAAGGACGCGUGGAGUAUCCGCCGCUUCGGAUGAAAAAAAAGCCGCCGCCGUCGACGAGUUCGGCGCCGCCGACGCGCGAGCCGCGGCAUCAGCCCCACAGCGCGGAGGAGAUCAAACGGCAGAUCGCGGAGAGGAAAUCGGCCGCGGAGGCCAAGGCGAACGAGGAAGCGAGAGAGGCGCUCGCGCUCAGGGAGGUGGCGCGGAGGCUCGCGGCGACGAUCGACGCCUUCUCUGCGACGCAGAAGCAGGCGAACCGCGAAAAGGCGCUCGAACGCGCGAGGGACGCGAAGCCGACUACGCGCUCGCGCUCGCGCGGGAUGCGGGACGCGAACGCCGACAACGCCGACAACGCCGCCGCGCACGAGUCCUCCGAGUCGCCGUCCUCGAGCGAGAGCCCGCCCCCGCCGCGCGCGAGGAACGACGGCGACGGCGGGAUCGGUUUCGCGAUGCGCGCCAGCGCCGCGGCGACGACGGUGCAGUCGCACGUCCGCGGGUACCAAGCGCGUCGGCGCGUCGCGUCCGGGGAUCUCACCGCGGGCGGUCCCGCCGCGGGGCGAUCGCUGCGGUCGUCGCUGAAGUCGCCCUCGAAGGCGUACGCGCACGCGAGCGGGCGGCGCAUCUCGUUCGCGCCCAAGACGACGACGGCGGGCGGCGGCGGCGGCGGCGGCGACGACGACGACGACGUCGAGGUGAUUCACGACGAGGAGCUCACGCUUCGCGAAUCGCCUCCGAAGAGGGACGCGCUGGCGCUCGCGCCGCCGUCCGAUCCCGCGCCGCCCCCGCGGCUGCUCGGCGUGAAGUUCGGGCCGCCGGAGACGCACACGACGCUCCCCGGGGACGCGCACGUGCCGCGACGCGAGGACUGGCUGUCGCAAGGCGCGGGCGGGAUGGCGAGAAAGAAGCGACUCGUGAAGCGCGCGGGACAGCGCGUAGAGGCGAUGGCGAUGGCGCCGGGCGAGGACGACGACGACGCGGCGACGACGGCGCUCGAGCGGCUGCCGUACGCCGCCGAGGACGUCAUGCGCGCGUUGGCGCCGGCGGCGGUGGAUCGCGAUCCGCUCCCGCCGCCGCCGCCGCCGCCGCCCGCGCGAAGCGCGGCGCCGGCGUCCGUCUUUAGUCUGUACGCGUCUCGAGUCGCCGCCGCCGAGGCGUCGCGCCUCGCCGCGGCGUCGAUCCCGACGCUGCCUCUCGCCGCCGAGGCGCGCGCGUCGACGUCGUCGUCCGCGCAGACGGAGCCGGUGCCCAUCGUCGUCGAGCGCCGGGCCCAGGCGGCGGCGGCGGCGGCGGCGGGGACGGCGGAGACCCCGACGCCGACGCGUCGGCGAAGCCGGCCGGUCUCGCCCGCGCGGCGGUCGCCCGCGCGCCAGGCUCGCCCGCCCAGCGCCUCCACGGCGUUAUCCGUCCGCUCGUCCUCGCCCGAGGAGGAUGCGGACGUCGAGAUCGACCACGGGGUGGACGCGGACGCGGACGCGGACGCGGACGGAAAAGUUCUUAAGGAACGGCGUUCACAACGCGAACGGGAUCGUAUGGGGACCCGUGUAGAGAACGCCGAGGACCGCGCCGCGGCGCUCGCCGCGCUCGCCGCCGAGCAAGACGACGACGCGGCUGAUCGCCUCACCCCGUCCGAGCUCGAGCGCCAGCUCCAGAACGAGCUCUCUCUCUUCGACGAGCUCGGCGCGAUGCAGGCGGAGCUGAGCAAGGUGCAGCGCGCGAGGGAUCUGUUCAGGGCGGAGCAAGAGGCGGCGGCGUACGCGAGCGUCGUCGAGCGGCAGCGGACGGAUAUGGACUACAAGCACCAGCUCGCGUUGGCGAAGGAAGACAUGGAGCACAAGUUCGAAGCGCGCGCGGCGGAUCUGGAGCGGGUCGCGCUGGAGAUGACCGCGAAGAUGCGCGACGAGAGCCUCGCGCAGGUGAGGGAGGUGACGGAGAUGCUCGUCUCGACGCUGAGGAAGUCGCAAGAGGUGGAGCGACGAGAGGCGGCCGCCGCGCGAGCGGACGCCGCGUCGUUCUUCGCGAGGGAGGCGAAGGAGGCGGAGGAGGAGACGAGACGGCUCGCGCCCGCGCCGGACGUCGGCGCGAGCCACCCCGCGGCGGACGACGCGAAGGCGACCGCGAAGGCGGUCGCGGUCGUCCCGCCGCGUCGGGACGACGACGACGACACGUCGUCGUCCGUCGACGAGAGCAUUCCGGAGGCGUCCAUCUUGGAGGAGUCGACGGCGAACGUUCGCGGGGACGAACGCGAGGACGAGGACGCGGGGCGGGCGUCCCCCACGGUCGUCGAGGAGGAUCCCGGCCUCGCCGCGCGCGCGAGCGCGUCGGUGGACGAGAGUUUCGAAGCGCGCGCCGCCGCCGUCGAGCGCGAGAUCGCCGCGCGCGAGAAGGACGUGGAGACGAAGCUCCGAGAGCGGAAGCGCGAGCUGAAAGCGCGCGAGCUCGAGGAGAAACAGAGACGCGUCAGGCAGAUGGAGGCGGAGCUCCUCGCGCUGGAGGGCGGGGAGCUCGCGCCGUCGCCGCGACCGCGACCGCAAGGAAGAAACGCCCGAGACGCGGACGUUUCCGAGUCCAUAGCGGACGAGGUGGCGUUCGCGGACGACGCGUCCGGGUCCGGGUCGGACGCUCCGGGCGUCGACGACGAGGACGUCGUCGUCGAACACGACGAGAGUCCCGGGGGAAGCGACGUCGACGGCGCGAUCGACGAGCUGCACCGCGUGGAAGCGCUCGUGCAGAAGAAGCGGACGGAGCGGCGGAAAGAUGGAGAGACGCGCGAGUUCGCCGCCGCUGAGGCGUCUGCGGCGGAGACGACGAUCCCCGAGGAUUUCGAGAUUGGCUCCCAGGCGACGACGUCGCCGGCGCCGUCGGAGAUUGGCUCCACGGAGGGGACGACCGCGUCCGGGUCGGUCGCGUCCGUCGGUCGCGUCGCGUCCGCGGCCGCCGCCGCGGUGGAAGAAGCGGAGGCGAAGGCGAAGACGCGGGGCGGGAAGCCCCCGAAAUCGCCGCCGAAAUCGCGGGGCGUCGAGUCCGCCGCCCCCGCCGCCGCCGCGACGUCGAAGUCCACGUCCGCCUCCGCCGCCGCGUCGCGCUCGACGGAGAUCGAGGAGUCACUCCCGACGCCGCCGGAGUCCUCGGUGGAACCCGAGGAGUCGAUCCAGACGGAGGUGUACUCGGACGACGGAUACAGCGGCGACGAGUUCGAGACGUCGCCGGGGCCUUCCCCGCGGACGUCCGCGGGAUCGGACCCGGAGCCGCGCGCGGACGACGCGUCGGGGAAGAUCUCGCCGUCGCCGUCAGAGCACGCCGCGGACGCCGUCGUCGGCGGCGCCGCGGAGAAGGCGGCCGCGGCGUCGCCGUCCGCGUCGCCGUCGCCGUCGUCGGCGGCGGCGCACAAAGAGAGCGGCUUCUUGACGCACCACGAGGCGAACAUCCACAUGCCGCACCACGCGCCGCGCCACGAGCCGCCGCCGAAGCGCGUCGUCGUCCCGGGCGCGACGACGGAAGAGCGCGCGCGCGCGGCGGUGGAGAAGCACGUCGAGGCGUUCGCGCGCAGGGUGCUCGACGCCGCAGGCGCCGUCGCCGGCGGCGUCGACGCGGCUACGUUGUCCCGGCUCGACGACGCCGCGUUCGCGUUCGCGACCUCCUCCUCCGCCUCUCCCGCGCACGCGGAGAUCGCCGAGCGCGUCCCGGACCGCCUCGUGUUUGACACGAUAUCGGAGAUUCUCGCGGAGCUCGUCCCCGGCGCAGCCGCGCUCGAGCCCGGCGAGGACUCUGUCGUCGGCGGGAUCGGGUCGUCGCUCGUCGUCGCCGCGGGCUCCGCCGCCGGCGCGGAGAAACUCGCGGGCGAUCGUCUGGUGAAGUUGGUCGGCGAUAGGGCGGCGGCGUCGUUGGCGCCCGCGCGCGACGGCGGCGUCAAGGUGGACGACAUCGUGCGCGAGGACGUGCGCUCGAGCGACGACUUGGGGUGGUACGACGUGCGCGCGACGGAGAAGGCCAUCUUGAUUCGGUUAUCGGAGGAGAUCUUCGACGAGCUCGUCGGCGACACGAUCCUCGCCGGGGCGUGA